AUAUAUCACACCAGUCUAUCCCCCGUUGGACCCUCCAUCGCGGGUGGAGGAGGAAUUGCUCGACCAACCCGGACCUCGAAUCACAAACCAACCAACCGACCAAAAACCCCUACCGGAAACAAUAUACGGGAAACACUAAAUAGACGAAAACCACGUCGGAAUCGCCAUGCGUCGCCCCGCCGCUCUGCUGGCCUGGGGAGCUCUCAGCUCGCCCGCCGCCGCCUCCUGGCUCAAGAACCCGUUCCUCAAGUCGGCUGCCGAGGAGUCAUGGACGCCCCCCGUCGAGACAGGCCUUCCGGCUGUCGGUGAGCAGGACCAGCUCGCCUUGGGCUUCUCGCCCCGGCCCACCGAGGCGCCCGAGUUGUACGGCCGAAUGGCCUUGAUGGAGCGCAUGGAGGGUUACACUCUUGGAACUGACACUUGCGGUUACAUUGCCAACGGAAACUCCUUCACAUGCAUCACCGCCGGCGCUACUUGCACAUACUCCGACGACUUUAUCGGCUGCUGCAACCCUAGCUCGUCCUGUAAUGUCGUGAAGACGACGUGCAUCGACUACGCUGCCUCGGCUUCUGGCGCAUGCGAUCUGCCUGACGACUUCCACACACUCUGCUGUGCCAGUUCCGCGGCCGGAGCUUGCUUCACCUACGUCGUCUCCACCACCGGCUCGGGCAGCAACCCCGACAGCACUUUCACCCUGCUGGACUGCUCUCCCACCAGUGGCACCUCGACCCUGUUCGACUACGACCCGGCGUGGGCCGCAACGCACACGGACUCCGCCUCCGCCUCCGACUCGGCGAGCGCCUCCGACUCUGGCAGCUCUAGCGGUACCGCCUCGACGACCGCCGAGACCUCCGCGGCCACCUCCGACACCGGCGGCGGCGGCGGCGGUAGCAGCACCCCAAUCGGCCCCAUUGUUGGCGGAGUGGUCGGCGGCGUGGCCCUCAUCGCCAUCGUCGGUUUCGCCAUCUGGUUCCUCCUCCGCAAGAAGAAGGCCAAGGCCGCGGCAGCUCCGCCAGCCAACGGCCAGAACUUCGCGCCACCGCCCGUCCAGCCCCAGCAGCCCAUGUCACAGACGCCGCAGAGCCCGCAGAGCUUCGCGCCCACGUCGCCGGCCACCACCGCCUACACCUCCGGCGUGCCGCCCGGCUUCCAGGGCUACCCGCCGCAGCAGGCCACCCCCCAACCCUACGACCCGCACAUGAGCGCCUACUCUGGCCAGCCAGCCUACUCGCCCCAGCCCGGUUACAACGCCUACGCGCAGCAGGGCCAGUACCCCCCACAGCAGGGCUUCGAUCAGCAGCAGGGCUUCCAGCAGCAGGGUCAAUACAACCAGUACGGUGCCAUCCCCGGAUAUCAGCCCCCCUCGACCGGUUCACCGCCCCCGAACCUGACUCCCAGCCCCGGGCCCAAGGAGGGCGAGGCCGUGAUGGGUGGCCAGCAGCAUCAACAGCAACAGCAGCCCCCGUACCAGCAGCAGCAGCAGCACUCUCCCCAGAAUGCCAUGGAGCUGCCCGCCAUCAACCCCAUUGGCCAAGAGAGCAACCGCGCCGAGCUUGGUUAGAGGAAGAGCUCUGCGCCGUGGGCGGGGUAUCAGCUGGACCUGCUUUCCCUCUCAAGAGCUAGACAGGAAGAGGUAGCCAGAGAGAAGUGGCAGGGAUCGAAAGACAUUGGCGUUGGUUCGAACGGAGAAGAGAGGCGCUUUAGCAGAGGCAGAGGCCAUCACCGCGGGGGAUUUAUUGGUUCAUAUGGUCCCUAUUUGCCUGGAUUUGUAC